AUGUCAGCCACACACACACCUGCAUCCUCAUCCAUCGCAGACAGACUCAAAAAAUGGUCCAGUUGUGAUGUAUCAGAUGGCUUGUCCAAGCUCGGCCACAAGCACGGCGGCUUCCUUGAGGGCCUGCACAUGUACUCGCCAGAGUACAGGACGGGCAAGACGAAGUUCGUCGGUCAGGCCUUCACUGUCAAAUUCUCACCCAAGGAGGACAAGGACGCACCCAAGGUACAGGGUAACUAUAUCGACCAGAUCCCAAAGGACGCUGUUGUCUUCAUCUCCCAACCCGCGCCACACAUCAACGCCUGCUACGGUGGCCUGAUGUCGCUACGUGCCAAAUAUCUCGGCGCCGCUGGCGUCGUCAUCGAUGGCUCCUUGCGUGACAUUCAGGAGCAUCGCGACCUCGAGUUCCCAGUCUUCGCCAGGGGCACGGGAACCACUGCGGGAGGGGCUGUUUGCUUCCCUUCCGAGAUCAACGUGCCAGUAAAGUUGCAGUCGGCAAUCCAGGACGCUACUAUCAGCCCCGGUGACUAUAUAAUCGCUGACCAGGAUGGCGUUGUCGUUCUACCUAGCGACCUGGCCGAGGAGGUGCUCGAUCUGAUCCCUGGUAUCGCGAGCGCGGAUGAAAAAGCUGCCGAGGCUAUCCGGGGCGGCAUGUCAGUUGAAGAGGCAUUCAAGACCUUCAGGGGAAAAUGA